CUGGCGACCUCCUCACCCCGAGACAGUGUGCCGAGCGUCCGCGGCUCCAUGGCGGCGGCGUCAGCCCGAGGGUCCAUCGAUGUGAGUCUCGUGGUGGUAGUUCAUGGUGGCGGAGCCAGCAACAUCUCAGCCGACCGGAAAGAGCGCGUGCACGAGGGCAUCGCCAGAGCAGCCACCGAGGGCUACAACAUCCUCAAGGCCGGAGGGAGCGCCAUUGAUGCUGUGGAAGGAGCUGUGAUUGUCCUGGAAAAGGACCCGGAGUUCAACGCAGGUUGUGGGUCUGUCCUGAAUGCAAAAGGUGACGUUGAGAUGGAUGCUAGUAUCAUGGAUGGGAAGGACCUGUCUGCAGGAGCGGUGUCUGCUGUGCGUUGUAUCGAAAACCCCAUUAAACUUGCACGGCUUGUUAUGGAAAAGACACCUCAUUGCUUUCUGACUGGCCACGGUGCAGAGAAAUUUGCAGCAGACAUGGGGAUCCCAGAGAUUCCUGUGGAAAACCUGAUAACAGAGAGAAGCAAGAAGCACCUGGAGAAAGAGAAGCUUGAGAAGGGAGCGCAGAGAGCCGACUGCCCUAAAAACUUGGGAACGGUGGGUGCUGUUGCCUUGGACUGCAAAGGAAAUGUGGCUUAUGCGACCUCUACUGGGGGAAUUGUCAAUAAAAUGGUUGGCCGAGUUGGAGACUCACCUUGCAUAGGAGCUGGAGGUUACGCAGACAAUAACCUUGGAGCCGUUUCAACCACAGGACAUGGGGAAAGUAUCCUGAAGGUGAAUCUGGCCAGACUGGCCCUCUUCCAUAUAGAACAAGGAAAGACUGUAGAUGAGGCUGCUGAGUUGGCACUGAAUUACAUGAAGUCAAAGCUCAAAGGUCUAGGUGGCCUCAUCUUGGUCAGCAAAACAGGAGACUGGGUAGCAAAGUGGACCUCUGCCUCCAUGCCCUGGGCAGCGGUGAAGAAUGGCAAGCUGCAGGCCGGCAUUGACAUUUGUGAAACCAGGACCAGGGACCUGCACUGAGCCCCAGAAGAUUGUAAUCUGCUCGCUAGCCUGGAGGUGAAGUUAAACUGCCUGGUGGAGACCUAGCUUAAUCAAUUAGACCUAGACAUGGAAAACUUA